AGCGAGUGUUCGAAGUGAAUGGACAGGUUUUUCACAGUUCGUCACGGUCACUGAAUUCAGUGUGUACCGUGGCGUUCACUUCUCAGGAAAUUGUGUUCACGUAAAUAGGAUAGUGUAUUUACCUUCUGCAUCUACAUGGGGAAGUCCAGAAACAAAAUGCGGAGAGCAAAUACAAGCCCUGAGGCAGCGAAAAUGUGUUUGCCAGGUGGCUCUAAACUUUGUAUUGUUUGUUUGGUGCUGUACAUGUCAACAUGGCGCCCAAUUAUUGGAGGAAAUCCAUUCCAAGAUGAUGUAGCGGAAAAAGGAAACCUCAUCCCUAAAAAUGGAAGUGAAGAAUCUUUGUACUCAUCUGUUAGAAACGAUCAUUUAGAAACUCAUGCUCAUAAUGAUAUGCAAAUUCAAACAGAUCAUUCCAAAAUUCAUGCCCAGGGACAGUACUUCUAUGAAAAACUCAUAGAAAAAUAUGGAGAAAAUGGGAGUCUCACACUGGAAGGACUGCAAAAGAUUUUUCAGAAUAUAGGAAUAGAUACUAGUGAAAGUACAGCUAAAAAAGGUGCUGAUGAACAUGAUGAAAACCAUGAACAUCAUGAGGACCAUGAACAUCAUGACCAUGAACAUCAUGAUAAUCAUGAACACAAUGAGGACAAUGAACUUCAUGAUAAUCAUGAUCACGAGAAUCAUGAGGACCAUGAACAUGGCAGUGAGGCUCAAAAGGAUAGACCAAAACGAUCCCUAAAGAAAAAGUUAAAAUUGAAACAGAGAUUAAUACGAAGGAAAAGGUCAAGUAAAACUGUCUCCGAUUCAAUGUGCAUAAAAAAUCCAGAGCAUCUGAUACAGUUAUAUUCCAAUAACAAAUCUCUAGUGUUGUCCAGACCAGAUUUGUCUGACGUUUGUGCAGGGAUUCUUGUCAUGUUGGACAAAUCUUCAUGUUGGAAUGAUUCAUCAUUACCCAAGACAGAAGCCUGUGAUAACCAUGAUGAUCAUGAUCAUGCAGAACCUCAUGUAGUGGAGGCUAGCUACACGUUGGAAAACAUUCCUGCUACAGUAUGGGGGUACAGUAUUCUGGCUACAUUUAUCAUCAGUCUGGUAGGACUUCUGGGGGUAGCAGUCAUUCCUAUCAUGCAGAAGGUCUUCUACAACCACCUGCUACAGUUCCUGGUGGCGCUAGCAGUCGGGGCUCUUUCAGGGGAUGCACUCUUACAUCUUGUACCUCAUGCAUUCUCUGGGGAGACUCACCAGCACGGGUCACACGGCAGUGAGGCUGAGGAGAGCCGUACGGGGGUUCUGAAGGGCCUGGUGGGGCUGCUAGCCGUCUACUUCUUCUUCAUCAUGGAGAGGCUGGUCACCAUCCUCACCAACUCUAAACGCAAACAGAAAAAAUGGUUAAGAAAUCGUUUCUUAUUGAAAAAGCAUCAGGAACACAAGGUACAUUUUACAAACAAUGGUGAUGCCCUGAGUCCUGGUACCCCGACGGAACCUGACUGUGGCUCCACAAUGCUCCGGAUCCACCCCACAGGGAAAGCAUUGGAGAACUAUGCUGUUGAGUUUCACAAGGAAGAAUGUAACCUUCUGAAUGAGAAUGCUACUGAUGAUCAAAACAAUGUGGAGGCCAAGUUGGCUGGCCACUCAGAGGAGGAGGAGACUCAUGAUAAAGUCCUGGACUUCUCUCACGGCCACUCCCACAGCCGCUGUAACACUGUCCCUCAGACUGUGUCUGCUAUCGCCUGGAUGGUCAUCCUCGGGGACGGAAUCCACAACUUCAGUGACGGUCUGGCGGUGGGGGCUGCUUUCUCUAACAGCAUCACAGGGGGAAUCAGUACCUCCAUUGCCGUCUUCUGUCAUGAGCUUCCCCACGAGAUCGGUGACUUUGCGGUGCUGCUGAGGGCAGGGAUGACUGUGAAGCAGGCGAUCAUCUAUAACUGUGUGUCCUCCGUGCUCGGAUUCUUUGGUAUGAUCAUCGGCGUUCUCAUCGGGAACAUUGGUACCGCCACUCUCUGGAUCUUCGCAGCCAUUGGUGGAAUCUUUCUUUAUAUUGCCUUUGUUGAUAUGUUGCCAGAACUGACUUCCUUGGGGACAAGAAAAGGAGAGAACCCAUUCUUCCAUUUAUUUCUCCAGAUCUGCGGUUUGAUUACAGGUUCCGGAAUCAUGUUUCUGAUUGCAAUAUUCGAACACGAGUUGAUGAACCUCAUCGAGCCGUAGCCAGAUCACGUCUUACUGUUUUUAUCCAUAGAUGUUGUUCUUAGGUAGAAUUUAUUUCACAUUUUGGUGUUGUAUUCAUAAAAAAAAAGAGAUUUUUCAUGUCAUAUUCACAAUGCUGUUUUUCAAACAUUAUUGGAGAAUACUUUGCUACAAAUAUUAUUGGAAUUCUGGUAUGAUGGUACCCUUUGCAAAAAAUAAAUUUCACAAAGAAACUCUAGAAUAUUUAAUAGUAAGAUGACUAUUAAAAAGUAAAAUAGGAAUUGUUACAGUUUUUCAAAUCCUUAGAAAAAUUAUUCAUUGAACAAGAAUUUUAUUUAAACAAAAUGUGAACAAAUAAAUCAUGAUGAUGUCAAGAUGAUAACAAAUCAAUGCACUAUGUUAAAUAUUUGUAAUCUAGCACAGAAAGAGAGAUGUAAAUGAACAAACAGUGAAUGUUCUGGCACUCUAGUAAUGGUUAACUCCCUUGAUUUAUCUACUAGUCCCUGUAAAAUAACCGUGAACAUGAGUUUGGUAGUCCCAUUUCAUAAAUUUCCAAAUUGUUAAUUUCCAAGUUUCAGAGAUUAUUGUGUGUGUAUGUUUUUUUUUCCUUAUAUUUAUUUUGUCUAUAGUAUAUUUCUUAUGUAGGUUGUAAUCGUUUUUUGUAUAAAAGUGUUUUGUAAUUAUUAAAUUUUGAAAAAAGAAAUAAUUAAAAAUUAUGAAUUAUGUAAGAAUAAUCAAUUUGUUUUAUAAAUAUGAGUUAUACAAAAAACAUACAGUGUGUUCUGUAAGCACAUGUGCAAUAUUUCAAAAUGUAAGAUACAAUGAAUGGAUGUUAUACGAAUUAGUCAAUAUAAUUUUUGAAAAAUUUUAUUGAUCUCAUCCCUAGGCUUACUUGAUUAAACACUUCAGAAAAGUUAAUGUUGUCACCUAUGACAUAUUUUCCUGAUGAAACAGUCAAUAACAGGGUAAAAAUAAUCUCUUCUCACCUUAUGUGUAUUCAUUCAAACUGACUUUGCACAUAUAGUGAAGUUUUGUUUUUUUUUUAACACAUGCACUUAGCUAAUUUGGUUUGUUUUAUAUAAUUUAUCUUUUGUCAGACAAAACACAGGCAAGAAGUGGUGCUUUUUUUUUUCCUAUGAAGAAAACCCUUCUAUCCAAUAGAUUGAUAAUAGGGGGUGAAUGUUUUUUUUUAUACAUUUUUUUUGUCUGUACAGUGUGAAACAAAUAUACAAGAAGUGCUUAUGGACAGCUGCUAUGGAAAAUGUACUGGAAAUUAAAGAAUAAUUUUUUUCUCAGUCCCCUUUAUAAUAAAUAAAGAAAAUUAAAGGUAGUUUUCUAGUGGCUUUGUAUUUUAAACUAUAACCCUUGUUUACUAAAUAGCAUAAUAUACCAUUUAAAGUAUUGUCAUUAUUUACCAAUUGUUCCCCACCCCUUGCCCCAUCAUUAAUCAUGGAAGAUGGAGAUCUGACCCUUAGUUCUGAAUAUUUGUUCUUAAAACAAACAUUGUCAGUAAUUUAUAUAAUUAUAACAUAAUAGGUUCUUCACGGUAGAAGUCAUGUAUUAUUUUGAUCAUUAUGCAGCUGGUUAAUUUUAUUCAUAUUUUUACAUGUCUGACAAAUAUCACAUUCUUUACCAAGACAUGGAUUAAAUAACAAUUCUCCAAUGUAAAUUAUUUAAUGUAAUGCUUAAAUAAUUUUUGCAUCUUUUAUCUCUGUGACAAGUUUUUUUUUUCUUCAGUGAAUUGAAAUCUUCAAAAUAAAUUCAUAGAAACAUUAAUCAAAAAAUAAGUUGUAAUAACGUAUCUAUAUGGAGAAUGGUAAUGAUGUAGAUGUAGGAACAUUUUUAUAGCUUCAAUUAGUAAAGUAGGUUCAGGUGUAGUGUUGUUACCUGAUUUAUUAGCUCACCUCGACGAAGUCAAGAUGAGCUUAUGCUAUACCGUCGGCGUCCCGGUUCAAGUUUUAGGAGCAGGUCCAUUCCCAAGUAACUAUAAGCCCUACCUGGAUCAAACGUGCAUGGAUGAUGCAUCUAGGGAUGGACACUACCAGACUUGCUUCGGAUGCUGGAUCUGACCUACAUUUUCCAAACUAGUGACGAGGUUAAAGUUUUUGGAACAGGACAAUCCCCAAUGAAUUUUAAGACCUAUUUAAACAGAACUUGCUUGAAUAUUAUUGUCAGAAUAAAAAUCAACUGUUAAGAAAAUAAGAUGUGAGAUUUGCAUUACCUAAACUGGUAACAUUCGUCGAGGUGAGCUUCGUAAUCUUUGAUUACCUAUGUUUUUUUAAUUUCCUAAAGGAGAAUCAUGUACAUGUAAUAUUAAUGGGUUUUUUGUGUCCUGUAUUUUCAAGGCAUUGUAUGAACAAAAGCGAAUUAUGACUGAUGUAAAAUAAAUUUGCCACUGAUGUGAAAACUUGUUUGUAUCACUGCUGAAAUAAUAAGGUUGCACACCUGGAGUGUUUUUGCUGAAAUAAAAUUAGAAUUAGCAACAAA